UUUUCAAUAAAAUAUUUCAACAAUGAAUAAUGCAAAUUUAUACUCUUCGUCGAAUUCGUUACAAAAAACUGAUGCCAAAUAUGUUAUCGAUAAUUAUUUUGAAAAUAUUAAAUGGUUAUCAAACGGUGGUGAUAUAUCUUUAGAUAUUGGCUGUGGGGAUGGUGAAAUUACUUCGGAAUUAUUAUUAAAUAAUAUGCCAAAUACACACGGAAUGAUUAUUGGUACAGAUAUUUCAUGCGAAAUGAUUAAACAUGCAACAAUUGCUCAUCAAAAUACAAAAUUACAAUUUCGACAAUUAGAUAUUAGCACAAAAAUGUUACCAAAACAGUUUUCUGGAAAAUUUGAUCAUGUAUUUUCAUUUUAUUGUUUACACUGGAUUCAAGAUCAAAGGCAAGCUUAUCAAAAUAUUUAUGAUUUAUUGAAACCAAAAGGUGAUGUGUUAGUUACAUAUCUCGCUAGUAAUCCAUUAUUUUCCAUAUAUGAAUCAAUUUCUAAACUUGGAAAAUGGCAAUCAUAUAUGCAGGAUUAUGAUAAAUAUAUUUCACCAUUUCAAAAGAGUUUGUAUCCUGAGAAAGAAUUGAAACAAAUAUUAAAAAAUAUUGGAUUUGAAGUGGAAUUAUGUAAACGAGAAACGCGAACAUUUGUUUACGAGGAUUUAAUAACUUGGAGAAAAUCAGUUAAAGCAGUAAACCCUUUUAUUGAACGUAUACCAGAAUCUAAGCGAGAUGAAUACAUUGAUGAAUAUUUGGAAGAAAUUAUAAAACGAGAUUUAAUAUCAGAAAAUAAUAAUCAAAUACAAAUUAACACACCAUAUGAGCUGCUUGUAGUAUAUGCUCAAAAAAGAAUGUAA